AUGGAGAAUAUAAAGAUGGGGAAAAAACAGUCCCUGCCCUCAAGAAGCCCACAAUCUAAUAGGGCAGACAACAUGGAAGCAAGCAUGUACCAAGAAAUAACUGAAAGGUCUACGCAGCUAGAUCCUCACAAGUUCACCAUGAUCAACAGGUGCAUCUUAUACCUUGCCCUUCUCCUGCUCUUCUCUGCCAAUAUCUCUUCUAAAGCCUACGACUCACUUCGCUUCCAUCAAAGAAGAACCAAUCACAGGAGUUUGAUGCUCUUGGAUAAAAUGAUUGGAAAACUUCAUUCAGAAUGUCUACAGGAGAGAAUGGACUUCCAGAUCCCUCAGGAGAUUGUGAAGCCUCAGCAGUACCAAAGGGAGAAUGUCACUAUGGUAAUCCUUGAGAUGCUUCAGCAAACCUUCCUCCUAUUCAGCAGCAAAAAUGCCAGCCCUGAUGUGAAUAAGACAAUCAUUGAGACAUUCCUCAGUGGAAUCUAUCAACAAAUGGUGCAUCUGGAAAUGGCUUUGGAAGAAGAGAUGGACCAGGCCGAUAGCUUCUGGGAGAGUAACGAGAGCAUCUUGCAUCUAAAGAAUUAUUAUCAAAGGAUUACAAACUUUUUGAAAAACAAAAAGUACAGCAGCUGUGCCUGGAAGGUAGUCCAGGUGGAAAUCAAAAGGAACUUUCUCUUCCUUUACAAAUUAACAGAAUAUCUUAAAAACUGA